AUGACUAGGCUAAGUUGGACAUACGAAACACUGCGCGAGUUCAUUCCCAGCUUCACGCGCCAUUCCUCAUCGCCUACAUCUGCAGCCGACCUCAACCCUAUUAUCGAACAAUUGCUUACGGUCUUUCCAGGCUCGUCUAUCUUCGGUAUCGAUGGGUGUUCGGUUUUGCUCUCAAUAUCAGAAGAUAUUGCGGCGAAAGUGUCCCUAAAGCCUGGCGGCCCAUACUUGCGACACGAGAAUGGAACACUCUACCAACGUAUGACUAUAGUGAUCAAGCCGCGUGCUAUUCUGCGGUGGAUACAACAACUCGCGGAUGUGGUGGCUUGUGUAGAAUCUCUUGGGUACGCACAUGGCGAUAUUAAUCCUCGAAAUAUUCUUUUCGACAAUGAUGAUCAGCUCAAAUUGAUUGAUUUCGACCACGCUCUCGAGAUUGGGGCCGAUCUCGAGGUUGGUGAUGCACCCUACGUUAGGGCUCAGAAGAUCGGAUCAAAGGGUGGUACGUUUGGUGUUGUAGGUCCAGCUACCGAGCAAUUCGCCUUGGGAUCUGACUUUUGGUAUCUGACUCGGGAAACUGAGCUCUAUACCGAGUUUGAAGGAUCAUAG